GUCGCCCCUCAGCACCACCCUCAUCUUUUCCACUUGCGUCCCCACCUUCAAACCCACACUAUUCAUACCACCCAUCCUAUUCUCUGCGCGAGGUUCAGAAGCCAUUCAUACAACGCAUGACUAGACCUCGCCAACCGGCUCCUCAAAUCACGCCCUUGUAUGCUCACCAAUCAUCCUCUCACCACCGCCACUCGCCCACUCUCGAGCAGCACCACUGCCUUUUCGCGCCAGUCAGUCAGUCCUCGGUCUACACUAGAAGCGCUUCAUCUUCCUCGUCAACGUCGCGAUCCUUGCUCUUCCCCCGUCUACCACACUUCUGGUUUCUCCUCGCCCUCGUUCUCCUCUUGAGGAGCCCCUUUAUACCUUCCGCCAGCGGCUCAGCUCUCCCAUCUGCUAGUAUUGACCAGAUCCAACGCGCCUCUGAUGCCACCUAUUCACAAGCGCCACUUUCUGAUCUUGCUCGAGAUGGCGCUGUCCACGUCCGAUCAGAAGCAGAGGAACCACACUUGAAAGCGACCUUGGUAUGGCACGAUUCCACACCACCACUUCCCUCGGACUCCUCGCCGCGACCGAACAAGCGCAAGACAGAUGCACUUGACCUUGCCGAGCAGCUCCUCUCACUUCAGCGCAGAUCCGACUCAAUACAAGACGAUCAACUCUCGCCUUCGGCCACUCUCCAGAGAUCUCUGCUCUCAAGAAGACAGAAUAAUCCUGCCGCCUCGUCUGCUGCAAAUACAUGCGCAUGCAAUACCGACGAACCUCUCUCAUCGGGCGCGAAAGCCGGCUACGCCAUUGUCGUACCUAUCCUCGUGAUUCUCUCCGGUAUAUUCGCUGGUCUGACGCUGGGGUACAUGUCUCUCGAUGAGACCCAGCUUCACGUCCUAGCUACGACAGGCUCUGAGAAGCAAAAAGCGUACGCUAAGAAGAUCAUACCUAUCCGCAAGGACGGACAUCUUCUGUUGACCACGCUCCUGAUCGCUAACAUGAUCACAAAUGAAACGCUACCGAUCGUGUCCGACCCGCUCUUUCCCAGUCCCGUACUGGCAGUCGUAGUGUCAACCAUACUCGUCAUCAUCUUUGCCGAACUGGUGCCACAGAGUGUCUGCUCCCGUUAUGGACUUGAGAUAGGCGCGUACAUGGCUGUGCCUACUCGCUGCAUCAUUCUUGUACUGUGGCCGAUAGGCUACCCGGUUUCUCGGAUACUGCACUGGACGCUUGGCCCUCAUCACGGCAUCGUGUACCGUCGAGCCGAGCUGAAGGAGCUGGUGACCAUGCACGCGCUGUCGGGCGGUCGCGGUGGGGAUCUGAACGGAGACACAGUGAUGAUGGUUGGAGGUGCUCUGGAUCUCCAAGAAAAGGUUGCGCAGCAGGCGAUGACUUCUAUCGACAACGUUUUUAUGCUUCCCUAUGAAGCGCAGCUCGAUUAUGCCACUCUUGAGCGCGUGGUUCAGUCUGGUCACUCAAGGAUUCCGAUCUAUCAGGAAGUUGAUGUGUCACUCAACGCUCCCGCCCGCAGUGGUAGCGGUACUCCUAGCAAAAGAAUGAUGCCUGCUUUUCUGAGCUCGCUGGGGAGAAAGCCGACAGCCAGCAGUACGAGACGUUUCAAUUCUGGCGAUGAUGACGAGACCAUCAGCUCUUCCGAGAGGAAUGAGCAGGGGGUGCCGCUGUCCGAAAAGGAGGGAAAGGAAAGCUCUGCUCACACCGCGGCGCACGGGAACAUCUCCGUGAAACGCAAGAAGAUCAUUGGUACUCUCCUCGUCAAGUCUUGUGUUCUACUCGAUCCAGAAGAUGCCAUACCUGUCAGCGAGAUGACAAUCAACGCACUGCCUUCAGUACCUCACGACGAACCCCUCCUGAAUGUUCUGAACGCUUUUCAGGACGGGCGAUCACACAUGGCCAUCGUUACUUCUGCAUCUCGUUUGGGGGACUCGCUAGCGCCGUCAAAGCUGCCUGGAAAUUCUUCUUUCGCCCGUCGCGGCACAAAUCUUCGCGAAAUCGACGAAGAGUGCAUUGGGGAUGAUUCAUUCAACAACGGUGCCCGAAAUAGCUCUUCGUCUUCCACAUCCUCUAGCACAGGCGGUGAUUACCGCCACAAAUUCCGAGGCUUUUUCAAACGGCGGGGCGCACAGGAUGAUAUCGAACUUGCACAUCGGGCACAGUCCAAUACAAUGCUUGCGGAGAACACGGUGAGCAACGACAAAGCAAGCGGCGUCAUGCCAGACAUCAUUGGCGUCAUCACGUUGGAAGACGUUUUGGAAGAGCUGAUCGGGGAGGAGAUCUACGAUGAGUACGACCCUCGAGAGGAAGGUGAGCAGGGGUGGAACAAAAUUACACCGCCCUCAUCACCAGAAGAAGUCGCGGGCGCCAAGAGGCUACUGGCGACAGCCAGUGGUGGACCAGCAGCCGAGCCGCAGGCCAGCGUGACCGUCAAAGCAAGUGAAAGUGCUACCACCAACCUGGGUACUGCGCAAGCGCCUGCGCAAAGAGAGCUUUCAGACGCAGUCACAGCCGCGCCGCGUACGCUCCUGGGGCGCCUGGGACUGCUUCCGGGUCAGCAGAGGGCCAACAGUAUGACUGCACCGCAGAAGACCGCAGGAGACGCUAUGGUAUCUCCUUCUGCAAUGACCGCAGGCGCUCUGCAAUCUAGUCCCGAUGCCUUGAACGUGGACCCCUCAACUGGCAAGUCUCAGCUCCACGCCGAGCCUUCACCCGACAACCGUGCCCAGAUGGGUGACGACUAUUUCAAUGUCAGAGCACUCAGCCCGCCUUCCACUGCGGCAUUGCAAGACACUCCACGGGAGGCAUCUGCCAGGAGUGCCCCUAAUACUGCUCAGGGAUCAGCAAAAGGUGUCGCACUCUCGUCAAUUGGCGCCAGCACCGCUCGUCCGUCAUCGUCGCCGCCUGUUCCUCUUUCGACAACUAGAGAUGGUCGGGAUGGUCAGAAGCAGCCUGCUGCAGGUCGCGCAAUCAUUGUGCGUACUCAAUUGCCGGGCGGGAGCACCCAAACCGGUAUUAUCGGGGAAAACCUCUUGCUGCGUGGAAGGGGUCUUUCACGAGGUGGAGGCUCGGCAUCCGCUGCAGGAGGAGGCAAUGGUAGCAGCAGUGGCGGUCUGCUCGUCAAUGCAGCUGCUCUGAAUGCUGAUAGUACUUCGAGGAGCUCGACGCCGAAACCUAGUCGGUUCAAGAGCACCCCUGUCCAGGUUCCAGUAGCCAAUGCUAGUACAGCUGUCGGCUCUGCAGGCUCUCUCGCCACGAACAGUGUUCAUAGGCAGGAAGUAGUGGGCGAAGAUUGCACAGACUGAGAGAUGGACACAGCAGUCAGAGGGGAGCAAAAAGUGUGAAGGUACAUUACGAUCAGAGCCGUGGGAGGAGCUCGUCUCUGUAGAUCAAUUUGGUUCAGCUAUGCAUCAUUCCCUCAACCUUGUACAUCUGUCUUUGUGAAGUCAGAACAUGUGCCUUCGACCCGUGCCACAGAAGGGAAGCAGUCGCUGUUUGCAUUCCUAUCGUCGUUCGCUUUUUCAGUCAAAGAUAGAACCGCAGCGAUGGGAUGCCCAGAGACAGAGAAUGUGUAUGAAAGAAGAGAAGUCUUAUUGAAGUCAAGAGAAUAGGGAACACUUAUC